AUGGUGGGGAGCCCAGGAAGUGGGAAGACGACGCUGCUUCGGCGGAUCUACGCCACUUUUGGCCACACCGCAGCCUCCGCCAUUGGGCAUUCGCCGGAUCCGACGAAUAAAGCUAGUAAACUCAAACCCACCACUGCCCUGGAUUACAGCUAUGCUCGACGAAAUGAGCGAAACCUCUCCCAGAUCGCCCACUUUUGGGAAUUGGCCCAAGGUACGGAAUUAGCGCAGCUUUCGGAAAUUGUGGUGAUGGCGGAGACCGUCCACACCAUCGUCCUGGCUGUGGUAGUGGAUGCCUCAGAAGGGGGAUUGGCGUUGGCGUGGGAGAACGCGACCUACUGGCUUCAACGAAUUGACCGCCGCGUGAGCGAAGUCGCGGAUCGCAUGCGGGCGAAAGGCUCAACCACUCCGGCUAAGAUGCUUAGUCGGGCGAAAAAACGAAUUGGGAUGGAGCACCCCGAUCUCAGUCGCAUGCGACUGAGCGGGAUCCCGACGAUCCUUGUGGUCAACAAGAUCGAUUUGUUUAAGGGUGACAACUUUAAGAUGAAGGUGCUUUCCCAUAGCAUGCGAUUCCUCGCUCAUCUUUACGGGGCCCAUGUCAUCUUCACCGGUGAACAUGAGACCCAUAAGUGGAAGAUGCUCAUGAGUCACCUCCUCUUUCAGGCACCUUUUGAUAAUCGACACAUCCAAUUUGAUCUGGAUCGCGGUGGGGUGUUGGUGACGGCGGAUAAGGACACCUUCGUCGAUAUUUGCAAACCGGAGGAUUUGUAUUGCGGUAGCUAUAAUAACAUUGCCGCGACGGGAGACCCGGAGUUAGAUCGCUGGAAGGUCCUUUUUGAUCAAGUCUACCCACCAGAGAAGCUGCCCGAGUCGAGAUCCUUCAAUGAUCCUUUUCUAAGGAAGCUUUAUGAUACAACGGAGGGCGGUUAUGGGGAGCCUAGCAUUGAUGCCCUACGCAAGCAGAAGGACGAAGAGCUUGAACAAUACAAAAGAACUACUAAGAUGAAGUUGAAAGAUAAGUCAAAACAAACUAUUAAUAUGUAG